GCGAGGAGGGAGAAGUCCGUGCGGUUUUAUAUGUUUCGGUUGGAGAGGUAGAAGAGGAAGAAGGUGGGCUGGGGAGAUGGAAUGCGUUUGCUGGAAGAGGAGGAGUGUAUGACUGUGUAAUUAAAUGAAAGAAAAAAAAUCGGGAGACUGAUUUGUCAGGAUCGAAGCGACCGGAGGGUGUUGCUGGUAUUUGAUAUUAUAUCAAGUUUGAAAAGCAAACACCGCGGGAUCAGAAAUUUGGCGCCUGCUAACAAUCAUAUUGCACUUGUGAACGAGUUUUAUUUUUUGAUUCGCUCGCUAAAACUUGGGGGUAUUCCUCGAUUGUAGUGGCGGUAUUUUCUGUUAUUCAUUUCCCGAGAUUAAGCGAAUUCUAACUGAUGCAUCCGGCUGGUGUGAAGUUCAUCUGGUUGGAUCUUCUGUUCGUCUGAGGCGCAUAGGGAACGGGACGUAUACGCGUAGAGCCUUUGGAUUUGCAAAGCUCCUCGGUGUUCCUGGAUAAGACGCUUCGCUUGGUUUCUAAUAAAGAGAACUUCACAGAAGUUGCAGCUCACUAGCCAAGAAUGAACCGAUAAGAUCCAUUUACCUGUUCUUCCGGGGGACUUUUUGGAGCGAUCGAAGUAUCUUUUUUGGUCGAACAAGGUCAUGAUGUAUUCUCCGAUUUGUCUGACUCAGGAUGAGUUCCAUCCCUUCAUCGAGGCUCUACUCCCUCACGUCAGAGCGAUCGCCUACACGUGGUUCAACCUGCAGGCCCGCAAGCGCAAGUACUUCAAGAAGCACGAGAAGCGUAUGUCCAAGGACGAGGAACGAGCGGUCAAGGACGAGCUGCUGAGCGAGAAGCCCGAAAUCAAGCAGAAGUGGGCCUCCCGUCUCCUGGCCAAGCUCCGCAAGGACAUCCGGCAGGAGUACCGCGAGGACUUCGUGCUGAGCGUCACCGGCAAGAAGCACCCGUGCUGUGUGCUGUCCAACCCUGACCAGAAGGGCAAGAUCCGGCGCAUCGACUGCCUGCGGCAGGCCGACAAGGUGUGGCGGCUGGACCUGGUGAUGGUGAUCCUCUUCAAGGGCAUCCCUUUGGAAAGUACGGACGGGGAGCGGCUAGUCAAAUCUCCGCACUGUACCAAUCCUGCACUUUGCGUCCAGCCACACCACAUUACCGUUUCGGUCAAGGAGCUGGACUUGUUUCUCGCCUAUUAUGUCCAGGACCAAGAGCCCCUUAGUCCUGCUCAUCCCGUCUUAAGGAAGGACGCGGCGUGCUGCGUGGCGCCGCGCCUCUCGCGGGUCUGCCAGGCGGGCUGGCGGGCACUCAGUCCUGGUACCUGGGCGAGCUUAGUUCCAUUCCAAGUGUCGAACGGGACUCCGAUUCUGCCAGCAAAUGUCCAGAACUACAGCAUAAACCUCACUGGUGAGGCCCUCCUCCAGGCUGAGACGGGCAACUGAGAGGGCCAAUCAGGGCCCAGACCCGGGAUGAUUGACAGGUCCGUGGACAAACCAGCAAGCAGCACUUAUACAAUCUCCACUGGCCCUUGGCCCCGCCUUCCCCAGGGGCCAUUGGUCAAGAACAGAUGAGUGGGCGGGGCUGAGCCUUCUCUGUGGUCCCAUUGGCCAGCCAGUCUUUGUGUGAGGACGUUCCCCGGAAGUGUUUUGAGAAUGCUGUGAUGUUUCCCCCAUCCCCUUACAAAACUUUAGAUGCCUUAAUGUUUGCAUGACAUGCUAGUCUCUGUCUUCUCUCUCUCCCUCUCUCUCUCUCAAUCUGUUUAUCGAUCAAUCUAUCUACCAGUCUCUAUCUCUGUCUUUUGUUUUGGACUGUGAUAGUCUCUAGUGGUUUACGGGGCAGGUGUCGGGGGCUGGCUCUCACAUGGACUGUCUGGCUGGUUGGGGGGGAGGGGUCAGAUCGUGGGGGAAGACCCAGCGAAGGCGUCCUCCUCCUCCUACGGAAGGUCUGCAGCCCUCCCAUUCACUGCAGAGGCAUAAGAAACACAUCUUUUCUUUGUGAAAUUUGAAUGUUUCUAGUUUUUUUAUGUUUCUUUUUUUUUUGUUUUGUUUUCUCUUUUUUUCUGUAGAAAUGUCAUAUUACUGUGAUGCAGACAUAUUGUUCCAGAACCUGUACUCGUAUCUUGUUUGGUCCAGUACUUAACCUUUUUAUUUUCAAAACGAUUGCUUGUACACUACAGAGUUUUAAACUCUAACUGAAACAGUUAAAAACAAGAAACCUAUUUUAUUAGGUUAAGUUCAUGACCCCUUUUUGAACAAUUCAGAUAUCUCCUUUAAAAAGGACUGAAAGCAAACAAAAAAAAGACAAAAAAAGAAAAUGAGAUCUCAGAAGAGGCAAGUGCAAUUUAAUUAUCAUACUGAAGGGAAGCUAUCAUAGUCUGUCAGCCCUAAGACUCUAAAGGACGGGGGAAUACAUGUUUGUUUUUUUCUAAGAAACAUUAAAAGAGAAAAAAAAAACAUUUUUAAUUUGCAUCCUCGAUUCUGAAGAUGGGGGAACAAAAUUGAUCGUGAGUGAGUCUCAUCCAUUUUGGCAGGUGCAGAGAUCGGUGUGAUCACACAGAAGUGAGAGAGUGAUCCCCCACUAGGGCGGAUUCCAACACUAUUUAUUUAGGGUUAAACAACAACAAUAACAUAAAUGAAAGAAAACAAAAUAGGCAGACAAAAGAGAAGUGUGAAAUAUAAAAAAAACACACACACACGUAGUGUAUAAAAAUGGCUUGUGAUGACACACCGGCAUCAUCCUCGCAAUCAUGAAUCUUUUGGCCGUGGGCUUAUGAAGCUACUGUUUACAGAGAGUAAAAAAAAGCUAAAAAAUAUAAAAACGCAGCAGAAAAAAUAAACAGUGGAAAGACAAGCAGUAGAACACAGGCUAUUAAGCUCAUUUAAGAAACGCCUUGUGUGCAUAUGUGUGUGUGUGUGUGUGGGUGUGUGUGUGCGUGCAUGUGCGAGCAUUUGUUUGCAUAUGUGUGUCUAUGUAUCUCUGUGUGUGUGCGUGUGUGUGUGUGUGUGUGUGUGUGUGUUCUGAUUACUCCUGCACUUAUCCUCCCCUCAUUGAAAUGGGAGUGAGUUGGCUGCAUGCUAGUCCAGUCCAUCAGAGCCAGAAAGGGUUGCACUCUCUCUCUCUGUCUCUCACACUAACUAAACAAAUAGGUGAAUAAGUAAAGCGUGGUGCAUGGCAGGGUUCGCUUGCCUCUGUCUCUCCAAUCCAGAUAUAUUUAUAUAACUAAUCUUUCCAAUAAUCUUAAUUUGCACGAAAAUAUAUAGUCCACAUUACGUGCCUUGCCUUUGAAUAUAGAGAUGACAUCCCUGGACAGUGGCAGACUCUGAGGUGAGCCUGGGCCGGGCUCGGGCUGAGUGUGGGCCACAUCUGGGCCGGAGGCGCCACAGAGUCUGUUGGUAUCUGGGUCACUACACUUGUUUUUUGCUGCAUUUAUUACCAUUUUAGACAAAAAAAGAAAAAAAUUAACAUUUUUACGAUAAGAAAUAUUUUGUACUCUGGAUGAAAUUGUUGACAUUGUUGAUUUUUAACUUCAUUUACUAUAUAUCACAUUUACAGUGCAUAUCAAGGCUGUCUAUAGUUGCCGUUCUAAAAAUGUAUAAUCAACCAGCAUAAUUUUCAGUAUUUUUGGUGUUUUUUUUUUCUAAUAACCCUUCAUUUUUGUUUAUUUUAAAUAGUUCAUUUGUUUAUUUGUUUUUAUUUGUUAUCUUCCAUUCUUAUUAUUAGGGAGGGGGGGGGGGCAGUCGGUCAGAUUUAUUGAAAAAAUUAUGCAAUACCAAGUUUUGCCUAUGUAGGUAGUGCUUAUAGCUAUGUGGAUUAUUAGAAGCUAGUGUGGAGAUAGACAAUAAUGUAAUACAUUUAUUUUGUUGACGUUGAUGUUGUCACUGUUGUUGUUGUUGUUGAUGUUUGUUGUUGCUAUUGUUGUUGUUGUUUUCCUUUUUUUCUUCCUUUUUUUUAAUUGACCAAAGUGGGAACUGCUUUUUAUGCAGUAUGUGACAUGGUCUGUUUUUAGUAUACUGAAAGGAGUAAAUGAGAGUGUAAGGGUUUUGUUUUGUAUUUGUGGUGAGGGGAGGAAUUGCUCUUUUUUGUUUGUUUGUUAGUUUGUUUCUACGUUUGCAGUGCGGCUGUUAAGAAAAAGCCAGGGUCAGUAGCUAAUAUGGCUGCAAAGUCACUGAUCUGUCUACUGUGACGACGAUGUUUUGAGAAAGAAAGAAAUAAAAAUAAGGAAACUGGCUCCUUCUUCAAACGUUUCCACCUGGGGUGCCAGAUCGCGACCUUGACCAGGCUCAUGUCCACGGGAGAGAAGGCUUGACUUGAGAGAGACAAUCAUUACGGAGAGACGUCAGCGUAGAGCCGCGAGUGACACACUCUACACUACUACACUACCUGUAGAACGCACCGGACUAAACAAAUAAACAUACAAACAAACAAGGCAACGCAGGAUAGGUCACCAAACACAUGGCCGCCAUCUUAGACACGCUAAUCAAAUAACUCGUCACGGGUGGUGAUGGAUAUGCAAACGUCCUGGCAAAAGCUAGUCGAGGUAAUAAAAAUCAGCCUUAGCCACUCAAGGUGGUUCGCUUGUUCAUUGGUAACCGGCCUCUGCUCGUAUCCCCCGGCCUCUGGGUCACCGAUGUGUCUUUUCAAAAGGUGAGAACACUAUCCUUAACUUAUGAUAUCGUAUCUGCAUAUUGUAAGUACGUAUAUGCAAUUCCCAAGUAGAUGCCUUAAAAUAAACAACUACGAAGUGACUUGUUUUGAAUGCGCUACAAUCACCCUUACACACUUUGAAAGUGUGUGAGAUUUGUCACAAUCAGCUGGAGAGAGGCUAUCCUUUCAACGCACCCCCCCCCCCCUAACCCCACCACCACCACCCGCACACCAGACCCCACCACCACCACCCGCACACCAGACCCCACCUCCCUCAGCGACGCUCCCCAUCGCAGACAUCCAAACGACUUUAUAUUGCAGAUGCCAGUCAGAACAAGAGGAAACACGACUUGUGAUUUUAGUGUUGGUCAGGGUUUCUUUUCUAACGUAUUCAAGUUUUGAGAUAAGCUACGGUCCUCAGAGAGACGGAGAACUGAGCUCCUCCCGUCGUUCAGGAGGACCUCGGUCACUCGAACAAAAGCAGACAGCCAAUCGCCUUCCCCUAGCAUCCCCCUUCUGGAUAUGAAUCAAAUCGUCCUGAACAAACAAACAGUGACAACGAAGAAAAAAACAACAAGGCUUAGAUGUCCUCACUUCCCAGGUCAGUUGUGAAGCUUCGUUAUAAUCUUAUAAUCAGUCGCAAAGACAGAAAAGCGUAAAUUUAUGCACUUAAUCCUGUAAAUGGACUUCUGUAGACCCACAGAUGCCUAAUAACUAAUACUAUAAACAAUAACAAUAACAAAUAAAAGCAAACAAUAGAAUUCAACGACUCAAGUCAAGCCUCCCUUCUCCUCCCUCACCCUGAUGUUUAUUCUGAUUUUAUUAAACGGAAAAAAAAAUAAGCCACCCCGUUAUAUGUGCACUGUUCUGCGUUUUGUUUUGUUUUUGUUUUUAGUUUCUAAUUGUCUUUUUUGGUUGCUUUUGUUUUUUGUUUUUGGAGAGAAGCAAGUGCUUUGCAGCCUUUUGGCCCCUGGAGCUGCCACUGAAGUGCAUUGGGGUGUCAGGGUCAUUGUCUGUGUGUGUGUGUGUGUGUGUGUGUGUGUGUGUGUGUGUGUGUGUGUGUGUGUGUGUGUGUGUGUGUGUGUGUGUGUGUGUGUGUUUGGCAACAAAGGGGACUGCCAGAAAGGAAUUUAUGCAUUCUGCCAACGGUAACAGCAAUAGUCCUUUGAUUUUAUAUUGCCACAGUUUGUGUGUGUGUGUGUGUGUGUGUGUGUGUUUGUGUGUGUGUGUGAAGAGAGAGAGAUAGAUGAUAAAAUGGCUCUGACACUAUUCGAUGAGGGUCUCUCUUUUUUAAAAGCCUGCCUUGUAGACAGAAGUUUGUACACUGUAAAAUUGUUCAAUUGUUUUUCCCCUCUCUUCCUUACUCUGACACCCUCAUUUGUAAAGAAAAAAAAUCCUUUAGAUAUUUGACAGGAUAUGAUUGAGCACCCUUUUUCUUUAAAGAAAAAAACAACAACAACAACACACUUGUGGAAGCCUGGACUUGAGUUAGAACUCUCCAGUAUUCCGUAAAAAAACAAUUAGUAUCUUUUUGUUUCAUAUUCCUGUGCUUAAAAUGUUUGGGGAAAUCCCUUUAUGGAACUGUAAAUGUUUAAAACAAAAUGAUGAAGGUCUUUUUGUUGUGUUUAGUGUUGAUUAACUUGGAAUUUUUGGAAACAUUUCAUAAAUGUUUUGGAGUGUUGUUUUUUUGUUAGUGUGCUCUUAGGGGGAGAGUGUUAUGUGAUUUUUACGUGGUAUUUGACAUUGGAAGAUAAAAAAAAAUGAUAAUAAAUUGAUGUUGAGUAGGGUCAUAUUGCAAUGUCUGGAGCGAUUGGGGUCACCCUUUGGUCACUUUAGAAUGGAUGGCACCUGUGAGGAGUCAUAGCCCAACCGAGUAUAGCAGGGUAAUGUCAGAAGUGACAUCAUGGAUCAGUCUACUGUCUCAGCAUGCUGAUCAGCGUUUGCUUUGUGUUCCAUCUAAGCCACCACCAUGCAGUGUACAGAGGUCCUUUCCCAAAAGAUGAUUUGUUUAGCGGUCGUUGUGUUAAGUUGAUUUUUUAUUAUUUUCCCUCUUCUUUUUUGGCUUGUCACAUGGGUGCUGGCAACGGGGCUUUUCUGUUUCACGUUGUUUACAAGGGUCUGCCAUGGCUUCAGCUAGCAGUAUGAGGCUGGGGCUCAAAAGGGGGACUACAAGUCCCAUGAUGCUCGAGGCAGGCCCACAGGCUGUGUCCUCGGCUUGAGCUAGAAUGGAGGUUAGUUUGGUGACACAGCUGAGCCUUUGCACUCUGUUUUCUUCCGGGAUGUGCUCCCGCAUGCAGUGUUAUUGUCUGGUAGUGCAUGGGUUCCAGUGCCUAGUUAGCUAGAACCCUAUGGACGUUCUAGAAUGCCCAUAGUGCAUUGUGUGAUGGGUCUGGAUGAAUGUCACCCCAUGUUGCCAUGGUAGCCAGCGAUCGCCCUCACCACAGCGUACAAUGUUACACGGCUGAUGAGAUCACAAUGGUCAAUAUCCUUACUUCCUUUGUGUUGCAGUUAUAACUCUUUCCUUUUUCCCGCUCUGACUUCUCUUAGAGCUGUUUUUGUUUUUGUUUUCUCCUACGUGGGCUGACUCACUGACCCAUGUGAACAUAGAGAGGUGUUUGUUUGUUUGUUUGUUUGUGUUGAUUUUUGAUAGCAUACAGGUUCUGGUUCAGCCCCACUGCUCUGUGAUUCAUGUUGUCUUCUUAGUUUUAAAGCAGGUGUGUAUGUGUUGUGUGUGUGUGUGUGUCUGAAACAGCCAUGUUGGUGUAACCCCCCCCCCCCCUUCCCCUGUAUGCAAGGAGGUUCUGAGAUGCCCCUGCCAUGUUUCAGGACAUGGCACAGAAGUUCUAACUUUGGGGCCUAGCAAGGGGAACAGGGCAGUAGAACACCACAGUGUGUGUGUGUGUGUGUGGUGGGAGGGUGGAACCUUUCCACACACACACACACACACACACAUACACAAGGACAUUUUCUCUUUCACGGGCAUUGACUAUGGCAUGAGCUAACAUCAGGUUGUUGUAAACACGAACGUAAUGUUGAAUAAAAACCAGCAUAUUAUAAAAUCAUUUACCAAAAAAAAAAACACAACAAAAAGACAAAAAACAAACAAAUGUUUUAAAAACAGUGCCUGUUCAAGCUCACGGUCUCAGUGGAGUAUUUUUUUUUGUUUGUAAAUAGAAAAGGAUAGAUUUUUUUCUCGUCACUGAUUAAAAAAAAGAAAGAAAACUUUGACAACUUCAAUCAAAACAGAAUGUGUGGGGCUCCCCUUCCCAAAUCGGUUCACCAUGUGGUGUCCUGGUUCCCCAUGUGGUGUCCUGGUUCCCCAUGUGGUGUCCUGGUUCCCCAUGUGGAUUUGUCUGGUUUUGUUAUGUGCUCUUUUUGUUUUACUCUUAUUGGUUUUUGUUUUGUUUUGUUCCGUUUCGUUAGUUUCUGUAGCGAUGUUUUCUUUUUUCCUUCCUUUUGCUUCAUUCGGUUUUCCACCCCUUAGUCAGUUGGGAUGGCGUGCCCCCUGUGUCUUGAUAUUUCUUUGAGGAGAUAAAAAAAAAACGGAAAAAAAAAACGUAAAUAAAUAGUUGGGCUGUGUGUUUCUUUAGAUCGUCAAUGCUACAUUUUAGUAUAACGGUAGAUUUCAAAAACGUCAGUUGAAGCAGUCAGAUGAUGUUCGCCUGCUGUGCAGCAGGGUUGAUUUGAAUUUUUGGGUCUUGUGGCACUUUUACACCCUCUCAGCACCCCCCCCCCCCCGAGAACCAUGGCAACGGGUGGGUUAGAACAAAACGAUGACAGUAACACAACCACACCUUUCUGUCAGCCCCAUAGCUGUGUUUAGUAGCAUAGUUAGCUCUCCAAGAAGGUGUGUGUGUGUGUGUGUGCAAGGGGCUCAGGUAUGGACUGGAAUGUCCACCUUAGACGUUUUUUUUUUUCUUUUCCAAACCUGUGCUUAUUUUGUUUGUCUUUUAAUUCGCAGUUUAUUCAACAAUGCAGACGCUGUACAGUGAAGAUAUUGAUCACCAUGUUUGUUUGUUUUUCUUAGAUUUCUAGGCUUAACUGUAGGCGCGGCCUUUGAGCUGGUGGGUGCUUUUGGUGUGGGGUAGGGGGUGGGGGGUGGCUGUCGGGAUUGUGGGGGGGGGGGGGUGGGGGUGGGCUAAAACUGCCACAAGAUUAGAAAAAAAAUCUGUGUAAAUAACGCUCAACAUUUUUGUGAUUGUUACUGUUAUAUCCAGCCUAUACUGCUCGCAGCCGUUUUGAACUGCAGUCCAUUACUGGAUGUGGAUAUAUUUCCUAUGCAAAACUGUUGAAACAAUAAAAUGAGCUAUGCUACAAAAUCG